AGUUACAGUAAAUAAAAGACCAUAAACACUGGAGCUCCAGUGUUAAAGGAUUAAUAUCAUUACAUGGACCUUCAAGGUAAAAGAAGAAGUUUGGAGUAAAAAAAACAACAGUAACACUUUUGAAGAUUUAGAAGAAAUCUUAACAAGCUUUAUCAACACAUUAACAAACAUUAUUAAUGGGUUUAUAAGGUGUUAGGAAGACAUUUAUUACCACAAUAAGCCAAAUGAGGUUUAUUAACAUACUUAUUAAGAUAGGCAUUUUUUUUAUUAUUUUUUUAUCAUAUUUACUGGACAAGUCAAGUGUUGGUGUCCCCCAUAGGAAAUGCAUUAUUUUGGGGUAAACACAGCACAAAUGGAGGGGUUCAUAUGUCCAUCAAAAAUACAGUCUAUGGUCAAACUUGUAAAAGUGUUUCAUCAAAUUUGCAAAAGUGUUUCGGGUAAAUGUAAUAUUGUUUUGUACUUCCUGGCCACCGUAAUUUUGGCUUGUUGGAGCCAGCAGGUACUUCCUGUUUGGAGUGCUAGGGAGGAGAGGAUCACUCCGUCCAGUUCUCUAUAAACAGUCAAUGGUCAAAACAGAAACAGAAAAAAAACAAAAAUGAAAAAUAAGAAUUUGAAAGUGAGAGUUUUGGAACUUCUGAAAGUAAAAAAAAAAAAAUCAUGAUUAUAUUCGACUUGCAGAAAUCAUCAUUAACUUUUUCCAAGUCUGUUCUUGUUUUUAAGGUAUUUUGAGUUUCAAAAACGAGUUUUUCAGCUUUCAAGUUGUUGUACUUCAGUUUUUAAAUCCUUUGGCUCUGAGUUGGCACUCUAGAAAGCUUCUUUAUAAACAGAAAAGUCGAUAAGACCGAUCUCAAGGUUUGUGGAAUUUGUUUUUCUUCACGGCAGAUUGAGCUUCAGUUGUUGUUCUUGUGUCGGCCUCACACCGGAGAAAUGUGCAUUUAUCAGACUAGAAAGAGUAAACAGGAACAAACUACAGGAAAUUAAAACCAAAGGAGACAGAUUUUAACUUUCUGCCUUUGGAAAUAUAUCAUAGAUCCUCCCAGUUCACCACAGGGUCAGCCGCACUAUGCUGGCAGUGUCUGUCAAAGCAGCAGCUGCUUCUGUUUGCAACCAAACAGGAUUUUCCAGUAUCACCACAUGCAGGACCUCCUCCUGAAACCACUGUCAGACCUGUUUAACACCAGCAGGAAUUUGUCUACAAACAACAAACUGAGGCAGCAUGUCAGAGCUGGAGUAAGAUAACUUCAUGGCUCGGUCGGAGGUUGUAGAAAUACUUUACUGUACUUUUUAAACGCUCCAAAGAUAGCUGCAGACAUUUUGCAAAUGUAGAAAUAGCAGGACGGUGAGCAGAGCUCUGGUCUGCCAUACCUGUAAGUCCUGUAUGCAGAACAGGAAGUUCUGCAAACAAACAUGCAGCUCUACCUGCUGCCUUUGCCUCUUUAAAGGACCCUACAAGCAGGGAAAAAAAAUAUGAAGCUUGUGAACGGUCCUGCGUGUAGGCUGGGCAUCCUGAGAAAAUGGGCAGUUUUUUCUACGGCAGCCCUGGUAGUGCUUCUGUUACUCAACGACCCGUUUCUGAUUCUCUGGUGGCCUCAGAGACCGAUGGAGAAAGCAGAAGUGAUGGUUCUACCUCUGGACAUGGCCGCAGACUCCAUCGAUGACAUGUAUGCAGGCUGCAGAUCUGAAACCGCCGCCCUGAUUGACCUGUUUGGCGUGUUCGAGUGGAACUACAACGGAAACUUCAGCCUGGCCUGGGCUUUUGCAGAAAAACAUGCAAAUAAACCCGCGCACGUGCGCUUAAAAGACGACCACGCCAUUGUGAUGUACAUGUACACGAAACUGCCGCACAUCCGAGAGAUUUUUGAUGAAGCAGUGAAGAGAGGGAGGCACAUGUACAACACGCACAGAUUUAGAUUCCACUACUUUUACUUUUUCCUGACUGACGCCAUUCAGACUCUGCGUCGCCACCAGGCGCCGUGCAGAACCACCUACCUCAGGACGUGGAAACACUUUGACCAAAACGUCGCCCGCACAAACGUGCGCUUUGGCCAUUUCAUCUGGGCAGCAUCCAGCAGCCUGUCGUUUGAGCUUCAGGGGAACGUGUCCUGCUUUGAGAUCUACACGUGCUUCGGAGCGGACAUCACGGACUACUCCAGCGUUGAGCAGCAGGGGCAGGUGCUCAUCCCCACCUACGAGGUCUUCACAAUCACUAAAGUCCUGAAACAUGAACCCUGGUGCGGCGUGGUCUACAGGCUGGAGAGCACCAGGGUACCGAGAGCCGACCAGAACUGUAAACUUACAGAGGAGCUGAGUGGAACCUUUUUGGAAGCUGCUAGAAGAGUCUGGCUGGGAUGCAGCGCCGCAAAGCUGUCGGUGUGUGCAGUCCUGCUGGCGGUCUGCUCUGUGGUUCUUGUCAGAGGGAAGCAGACAUGUUUUGUUGCUGCUGUGCUGGGAGCUCUGCUCCUACUGCUGGUCGGAGUGUUAGUGUUGAGUUAGCCAGCAAAAUAAACGCGGAACUCAAUCUUUACUCCAAGGUAGUAUUGAAAGUGCAUUCAUUGGGAUGAUGAUGUAAAAGUGAUUUACACAGAUGAAUGCUUCUAUCUUAUGAAAUUCAUCAUUACUUUUUAAAAGAAAUAAUUCAAUAAUUUAUAAACCGAAAUGCAUCGUCUCAUUGAUGUUACUCCUUUAUCAGAUGUAAUAAUUAAAGGGUUUCUUCAGUUUAUUUCUACCUGACGAGGUGACCGUUGUCAGAAAAGAAUACAAAACACAGAAACUGGAACCAUCUGAAGCAAAGCAGAGGGCGGUUGCUUCAUUUCUUCAUUUUUGAUAAUCCACACCUUAAAGGGCAUUAUCCCACUUAUGCCUUGCUCACUUAUCAAAAUAAAGAAAUUUCAAGUCAAAUAAUACAAUCUUCA